AUGAUCUGCAAACUAAUUGGGUCAUUUCUGGGCAAGUAUGAAAAUGUCGUCACUGUGGAGACAGUACAUGAACGAUUAGUCUUCCUGGUUGAUUCGUUUCUGGCGCUAGCUGGUCUUCUCGGCCUUGGAACAGCUCAGAGCCCACCAAGCAGUGCCUCCAGCUCAGAACAGGCUCCAGCACCAGCAAACGCCACUUCUGCUUCCUCCACUUCAGCUACUGCUACUGGAGAUGGUGUAUCAACAUAUUCGCAGAGCAAUGUACCGACCGGAACACCACUGUCCGGCGACUAUGGUACUGCAUACCGUCCACAAGUGCACUUCUCACCCCCGAUCGGAUUCAUGAACGAUCCCAACGGGAUGUUUGUUGAUGCAAAUGGCACAUAUCAUCUAUAUUACCAGUAUAACCCAACCGCCAAUGUUGCGGGCAAUCAGCAUUGGGGCCACGCAACAAGCGACGAUCUUUAUACCUGGACAAAUCAGCCUAUUGCUAUCUUCCCAGGCGGGCCGACCGAGGGUGUAUUUUCUGGAUCAGCAGUUGUCGAUGUGAACAACACCUCUGGCUUCUUCCCCAACCAGACCAAUGGUGUAGUUGCCAUGUACACCAUCAAUGUCCCUGAGAACCAGACCCAACACAUUGCGUACUCAUAUGACAAUGGAAUAUCUUUCAUCAAGUACGAGGGUAAUCCUGUGAUUCGUCCUGGUGGGACCAACCCUACUCAAUUUCGGGAUCCCAAAGUAAUUUGGUAUGAGCCUACUCAAAGCUGGAUCAUGGUGAUUGCGUAUCCUGUUGACUUCGAAAUUGGCAUUUUCUCAUCUCCAGAUCUCCAAUCGUGGAAAGCUGAGAGUAAUUUCACUCUCUAUGGCCUCACUGGGCUGCAAUAUGAAUGCCCCAACAUGGUCGAGGUACGGGUCGAGGAUCCCCCAGAGGGAGCGCCGGAGUCCAUGUGGGUCAUGUUAAUUUCCAUUAACCCUGGUGCUCCGCUUGGGGGUUCAAUCACAGAAUACUUCCUUGGCAGCUUCAACGGUACCCACUUUGAGGCUAGCGAUUCGAGCGUGCGCCUCACAGACUUUGCAAAAGACAAUUACGCAGGUCAAUUCUUCUACGGCACUCCAUCCUCCAAUGACCAGAUCACUAUGAAUUGGGCGAGUAAUUGGCAGUAUACAAACGUAGUCCCCACAGCAGGACGAGAAGUAGGCGAUGGUUUCCGCAGUGUUAUGACUGUGCCACGCGGCCACUACAUCAAGAACCUUACGAGAUUCGGACCCAGCCUUAUAUCGUAUCCUUAUAACAUCAUGUCAAUUAUGGAGUCUGAGCUAGCAUUCAAUAGCUCCCUGGGAAACGGGACAGUUCUCAUCGAUUACUCAACCGUGGAAUCAGGCGCACUGUACUUUGAAGCGAACAUUACCGGGCUUACCACCAGCGAUUCCCUCGACGGUUCUCUCAACUUCACAUUCUCGUCAGCUGGAUCCGGAGAAGCCGUCUCUGGAGGAACUUUCCUAUCCUCAGGGGAUGUUUGGCUCGACAGGGGUCGUACCAAUGGCUUUCAGAGUCCCUACUUUAAUGAGAAAUUCUCUGCCACGGGACUUUACAAUGAGGCUGAUGGAGCAUGGAGAUUAUCCGGUAUUAUUGACCGCAGCAUUAUCGAACUAUACCUCAACGGAGGCGAGAUCAGUGCGACUAGUGUCUUCUUCCCCACACAAGCACUAGAUACGAUGAUCCUGAGGGUAGCAGGUAUCAACUCGACUGCUACCGCAAGCGUGGGGGUGUGGACCCUGAAGGCAGCUUGGCUUGAUCAGGCGAAUGUCAACGGGACAGUGCAUGGCAAUGCCACAGAUGGAGUCGAUUCAGCCAUGAAGAGAGACACACUUGGUGCUAUGAGACCGUUCUAG